GCAUGAGUUUCCUUUUCUUAUGAUUGGAAAACGAAACCUAAGUUUCUUCCGGGAUGACUAAAUAAGGAACAUGCACGCUCUAUAGCGUUAAAAAAUAAAAUUAAGGGCUAGGAAAGGGUUGGUGAUGUAAAUUAUUUUAGUCUAUGCUAUUUCUGAUGACAUGUGUCAACAGUUAUGAAUGGUUCUCCACGUAAUGGACAACACCAUAUAAGGUGUUAUGAUUUUGUAGAUAAGUUAAAGACUACAAACAUGGCCACUUUGCCAUUCCGCUAAAGCCAAGACAGACCAAAGGUUUACCUGGGUAAACUAGAACGUGUAGGCGUGGCUUAUUUACCAUUCCUCCCACUCCCAAUAUAAACAGUUUGUUUACCUGUGUUUGGGAGAUGCUUCAUGAACCACCUCCAGAACUCAAGCUCGUUUACCUUGUGUCUCUGUUAGAAUAAACCACGUGUUGAACAUUUACCACUCUCCGAGUCAUAGAGGAGGCACGAGACCACCACACCACAAAGAAUCAAAAUAGUUUUUCAUCAAUUGGGGAGCAAGCCCGGAAGGCUGCGAUCCGGACAACUCAACUUGGCGAGCCGGCACAGGUAACAGCGGGCACAGUCCGCCGCCCGGCCCACCGGCCGCAUGGAGGAGGACCCCGCCCGGCUGCCCUCCCACCUGCUUGUGGUUUGACUACACCAACGCCGGAUGCCAGGAGGGCUGCAUUAGGAUCCACAUCUGUGAGCGAUACCUGCGUCGUAACUGCUGCUGCUCCCGGGCCCACGAUUUCUACGAGACGCAGCCUUUUGAGAUGCUGCAGAAGAGCCGCAUCCCCAGCGACCUCACGGCAUCCAUGGAGUCGAUGUACAUCAACAAGGAGGUCCUGAGUAGUCCUGUAGGACAGACCAAUCAGGUCCCUGCUGCUGGUGCUGCUGAUAAAACCGAGAUUUGUCUGCUCUUCCUCGAAGGCAACUGUAUCCAAUCCGUAGAACAGUGUUUCGGAGAUCAUUACAAGCUGCCUUACAGAUGGGAAGUUCUGGAGGGCCAUCAGUGGACGCUGCUGGAUAGCUCAGAGAAGAUAGAAGAGGAUUACUGUGACCCCAAAAUAACAUACAGCACGGUGGAUGGAGGAGCGGUGUGGUUUGAGACAAUGACGCGUGGACUCCAGAAGGUCAGGCGUCUCUCCUCCAUCUCCUCAGUCCUCCAGCCCACCUUCCUACUCACCACAAAGUGGCUCUGGUACUGGGAGGAAGAGGAUGGGAACUGGAACCAGUACGAUUCACCGACCAACAGAGCACUUGAGCAGAAGUUCCAGAACAACCCCCAGGAGGUGGUGGAGUUCACCGCAGGGUACCAGGCCUACACACUCAGCCUCCAGGACAUGAUCCAGACCAAUAAGACAUACAUCACUAAGAGGCUGGUGAGGCGACGGCCUCGGUUCCUGUCCUCCGCCGUCGUGCAGGUCAUCAGGACAAGUGCUGGUGCUACUGGUGGUGCUGGUAGUAGUGCUGGUGUUGUUGCUACUGGAGGUGGUGAAAGGAGAAGCCCGCCCCAAGAUAAAAUCGAGAUUUGCUUGCUUUUCCUCGAAGGCAACUGUAUCGACCCCAUAGAAAAGUGUUUUGGAGCCCAUUACAGGCUGCCUUACAGAUGGGAAGUUCUGGAGGGCUAUCGGUGGAUGCUGCUGGACAGCUCAGAGAAGAUUGAAGAGGAUUACUGUAACCCCAAAAAAACAUACAGCACGGUGGAUGUAGGAGCGGUUUGCUUUGACACCAUGUUGCGCAGACUCCAGAAGGUCAGGCGUCUCUCCUCCAUCUCCUCAGUCCUCCAGCCCACCUCCAUACUCACCACUGACUGGCUCUGGUACUGGGAGGAUGAGCAUGGGAACUGGAACCAGUACGAUUCACCACCCAACAGCAGCACAGAGCUGGAGCAGAAGUUCCAGAACAACCCCCAGGAGGUGAUGGAGUUCACCGCAGGGUCCCAGACCUACACACUCAGCCUCCAGGACAUGAUUCAGACCAAUAAGAGACACGGCACCAAGAGGCUGGUGAGGCGACGGCCUCGCUUCCUGUCCUCCGCCGUCGUGCAGGACAUCAGGACAAGAACUGGUGCUACUGGUGGUGCUGGUAGUAGUGCUGGUGUUGUUGCUACUGGAGGUGGUGAAAGGACAAGCCCGCCCCAAGAUGAAAUCGCGAUUUGCUUGCUUUUCCUCGAAGGCAACUGUAUCGACCCCAUAGAAAAGUGUUUCGGAGCUCAUUACAGUCUGCCUUACAGCUGGGAAGUUCUGGAGGGCCAUCAGUGGAUGCUGCUGGACAGCUCAGAGAAGAUAGAAGAGGAUUACUGUAACCCCAAAAUAACAUACAGCACGGUGGAUGUAAGAGUGGUGUGCUUUAAAACCAUGAGGAGUGGACUCCAGAAGGCCAGGCGUCUCUCCUCCAUCUCCUCAGUCCUCCAGCCCACUUUCCUACUCACUACUGAGUGGCUCUGGUACUGGGAGGAUGAGCAUGGGAACUGGAACCAGUACGAUUCACCGGUGAGUUCAGGACCAUCGCAAAGCGGCGUCAGCCUGACUCGGCUCACAUCCGCAAACCCCAACAGCAGCCCAGAGCUGGAGCAGAAGUUCCAGAACGACCCCCAGGCGGUGGUGGAGUUCACCGCAGGGUCCCAGACCUACACACUCAGCCUCCAGGACAUGAUCCAAACCAAUAAGACAUACAGCACCAAGAGGCUGGUGAGGCGACGGCCUCGUUUCCUGUCCUCCGCCAACGUGCAGGACAUCAGGACAAGAACUGGUGCUACUGGCGGUGCUGGUAGUAGUGCUGGUGUUGUUGCUACUGGAGGCGGUGAAAGGACAAGCCCGCCCCAAGAUAAAAUCGAGAUUUGCUUGUUUUUCCUCGAAGGCAACUGUAUCUACCCCAUAGAAAAGUGUUUCGAAGCUCAUUACAGUCUGCCUUACAGCUGGGAAGUUCUGGAGGGCUAUCAGUGGACGCUGCUGGACAGCUCAGAGAAGAUAGAAGAGGAUUACUGUAACCCCAAAAUAACAUACAGCACGGUGGAUGUAGAAGCGGUGUGCUUUGACACCAUGACGCGUGGACCCCAGAAGGUCAGGCGUCUCUCCUCCAUCUCCUCAGUCCUCCAGCCCACCUUCCUACUCACCACCGAGUGGCUCUGGUACUGGGAGGAUGAGCAUGGGAACUGGAACCAGUACGAUUCACCACCCAACAGCAGCCCAGAGCUGGAGCAGAAGUUCCAGAACGACCCCCAGGAGGUGUUGGAGUUCACCGCAGGGUCCCAGACCUACACACUCAGCCUCCAGGACAUGAUCCAGACCAAUAAGAGAUACAGCACCCAGAGGCAGGUGAGGCGACGGCCUCGGUUCCGGUCCUCCUCCGACGUGCAGGACGACAGGACAAGUAAUUGGCCUCCAAAUGGUCCAUCAAAUGUCCAAGCUUUUCCCAGCACCUGGGACGAGUCCCAGGUUCCUGAGAUUGGACACAAGAAAGUACUGCUGCAAGAUUCGUCCAAAGAAUACAAGGAGGUGGAGACGCUGUUUCGUCAGACGAUGACCGCCUUUGACAUCGUGAAGAUCGAGAGGAUUCAGAACAAGAGUCUCUGGGACCAAUAUCAGUUGCAAAGGAAACAAAUGAAGACGAGGAACGGCGGGCAUUCCGUGGUCGAGAAGAAGCUGUUCCACGGCACAGACUCCAAGUUCAUCGACCCUAUCUGCUGCUCGAACUUUGACUGGAGGAUCUGCGGAACCCACGGGACCAUCUUGGGCAAGGGCAGUUACUUCGCCCGGGACGCCAGCUACUCCCACAAAUACACCAGCUACGCCUCGACGGUCCGCUCCAUGUUUGUGUCCCGGGUGCUGGUGGGCCACCACACCCGGGGCUCGGCCGACUACGUGCGCCCCCCCUCCAAGGACGGCGGGGACACCCUCUUCUACGACAGCUGCGUGGACAACAUCCACUCACCCUCCAUCUUUGUCAUCUUCGACCGGCCUCAGAUCUACCCGGAGUUCCUGCUCACGUACAAGGCGAAGGCUGCGGUCGUGGGCGACUCGUUGUCCGGGUUACUGGUCGCCAUCGCCGCCGCCCCGGUGGUGAAACCCACGCCUGUGGUGAUACCCACACCUGCUGUGAAACCCACGCCUGUGGUGAUACCCACACCUGCUGUGAAACCCACGCCUGUGGUGAUACCCACACCUGCUGUGAAACCCACGCCUGUGCCCAGAACCACGCCCGCGCAGCCCAAGAGAAUGCGAGAGAAGGCGUCGGCCAUGGACUGGCACAGUGUCCCGGGUGUCGUGCCGGAGGUGAAGCGCAAGCGCCUGUGACCAGAGCCACGCCCCGCAACAGCGGUUCCCUGGUGCUUCCACGUACUUGAAAAAUGUCCCUUUGCCACAGCCCUACCGUCCGCUCACAACAGCCCCCCCCCACCCCCCCGCCUGGGAGCCACAGUCCCCAGCGGUUCCCCGGCCCCUUCACAUACUCGAUAGCCGUUCCUCCGCCACACUCCUACCGACCCCUAACAACAGCCGCCCGCCCCCGACCUAUCGGCCACGGACCUACCCGGAGUUCCUGCUCACGUGCAACAGAAAGUGAGAGAAGGCGUCGGCCGUCGACGACUGGUACAGUGUCCCGGCCACCACGGCGUUGGAGAAGCACAGCGGUUCCCCGGCGUACCCAUUCACGUACUUGAAUGCCGUUCCUCCAACAAAGCCCUACCACCGCCCUCCCGUCUUCCAGGUUCAGCCCCCUGCCCCCAAGCUACCUAUUAUUCCAAUUAUGCAAAAUACACAAAGAAAAUACUUCAUGGGAACCGUGGGCUACAUAUAGGAAAUUUUGUAAAGUGUUUAAAAAAAUCUAUUAACGGUGGCAAACUUGAAGAAAAAUACUUGGAUAUAAACGUGCAAAGUACAAUACAAAUCAGGCGCAUGCCUUCCAUAUGGGCAGGUGGGGCAGCGAACUCCCUGCAAAA